AUGAAGGAGACGAUGGAACAGACACCAGGUGUUGCUGACACUGCUGAUGCGGGCGAGGAUGGCGACUUUGUUUCUCUACGAGAGAGCCGGGAAUCUCUUGAUGCGACUACAAUCACAUUUCUCUCGGAGUAUCUGCAGCACCCAGUCGACCAUCGCAGCCAUGUUUCCCGUCCAACCAGUGCAAGGCUGCGCAAACAGACAGCUACUAGUGGGGACACCUGGUGGACGCAACUAUCGGGUACUUCCCCGCCUUCAAAAUCCUGUCAACAGACAAAAUAUAUUUACACCACGUUUCUGGAACUCAAUGAUGUUGAGUUGUUGGACAUCGUUUUAGAAAAAGCUAACCAAGAAUUAAUCCUGCAUAAAUUUGAUGUUGAAAUCAUGAAGAUCUCAGGAAAAAUGACGGCAUUUCAUCAAGUAAUUGAAAGGAAUAACAUUCGUGUUUUGAAAAUAUUACUCAACAAACUAAAUGAAAAUAAGAGGGGUCAAAGGCCGCGAACUUUUCCUUGUUUACAUUUAGCUGCCUAUUACGGAUUGAGGUGCCUGGUGGAAUAUAUUCUUGAUGUUGGUGUUGAUGUUAAUUGUUUGAAUGCCAAAAAAGACACAGCGCUCCUGUGGGCUGCUCGAUGGAAUCACGUGGAGACGUUACGUUUGCUUCUGUCCCGUGGCGCCAAGGCAGACCUGGAAAACGACAAGGGGUCGACGGCAUUGUACUGGGCUGUCAGGUACGGCCAUAGUGAUGCCGUCGUGGUGUUGGCCGGGGAGGGACAAGCUGAUGUCAACAAACAGAGAAAGUUAGGGCUGGUCGCCCCCGUGGUGCUGGCGUCGGCGCUGGGGUUCGCCAAAACGCUGGAGAUUUUGUUGAAGUUCGGAGCAGAUCCGAACACUGUCAUCAGGGGAAACGAGAGGCCUAUCCAUCAUGCAGCCAAGGAGGGUUUUUCUGAUAUAGUUGAGUUGCUGGUGGAGUCCGGUGCUGAGGUUGAUGCAGCAGACGUGAGGGGUGACACUGCGCUUUUACUUGCAGCAAAGUAUGGCGCGGCUAAAGCUCUACAAACAUUGCUGAAGUAUGGUGCCAGUCUUGAGCACAGAAACGUGCUGGGAGAAAACGUGUGGAAAUUUGCCAUUGCCAGCAACAAUGACCUGAUUCUGAAGCUUCUUGUGGUACAUCAGGUAUCAAAGGUUACAGAUGGGACGACUGAAAAUGGCCCAGACUUGAACUUAUCAGCAAAUGGCGUCAACUCAUUAUUGUUUUUGGCUGCCGCCGCUGGAAAUGUCUCAAUGGUGUCUCUGUUAUUUCAAAUGAAGGUAAGCGGAAAUGCAACAGACGAACAUGGGAAUACUUUUCUCCACAUUGCUGCCAUCAACAACCAACCUCAAGUCAUAGAAGAGUUCCACAAGUUGGUCAACAUUGACAGCAUAAAUACAGAUGGAAACACAGCACUCCAUGAGGCGUGCAUCAGAGGCUACAAUGAGGUCAUUGUAAAACUGAUCAACAUUAAAGCUAUGGCAAAUAUCAGAAAUGCAAAGGGAGAGACAUCUCUCCAUGUUGCUGCCAAAUGCAGAUCAAUACAGCCAUCUACUGUUUCCAUGUUGAUGGACUUCGUCAUCAAAACCCAUUCCUGGGAGUGUCUCAAUAUGUCAGACAACUGUAACAACAAUGCACUACACAUUGCUGCCAGACAUGCUUGUCCCGAAGUUUUGUGGGAAUUCCGUUUUGUCUCUCUGAAAGCUCAAGAUAAUGAUGGCUGUAUUGCUCUACAUAAUGCUGUCAG